AUGGCGGACCUGACCACCUUCGUCACCGCCCUCGAGGCCGCCCAGAACGGCGCCAAAUACAACCCCGACAUCCAGGCCGCCGCCAAGAAGGUCAAUACCGAUGAUUUCAAGAAGGCCUACGCUGCCGCCGAGGCUAUGGGCGCGAAGGAUACCAUCAGCGAUGAGGCCCAGAGCACCGCUCUUGUGAACGCCUUUGAGUUUGCCGCUCUGCUGGUCAAGGAGCUCGAGGCUGCGCCUACCAACGAUGAGAAGCUCGACCUCUAUGCGCACUUCAAGAUUGGCAAGCGCGAGGAGGUUCCCAAGCCUGGAAUGUUCGACAUGGUUAAGAAAGCCAUGUUCAACCACUGGUCGAAGUACAAGGACGAGCUGGACGCCCAGAAGGCUCAGGCUACCUACGUCAAGCUGGUCGUCGGCCUGAUUGCGAAGUAUGGCCUGCGCGAUUAA